AUGUUCGGGCCUGCACAGGAUCAAGUGAAACACUCUCUUGUGCCUCGAAAAUGGAAAAACCCACCGUCACCUACAGCAAAGAAAUGUGGCCCUGGUGUGGGAUACUGUGAUCCAGGGUAUUGCUGCUCGAUAGGUGGUAACUGUGGGAAGGGUUAUCACUAUUGUUCGGGGCCAGCUUGCCAGCUUGGUUACAGCGACGGUUGUGAUGCGAACCAAAAGCCCCUUGGGACCGAGACCAUGCACAUCGAGCGCCCCUUGGUUGGCAACGUCUCUUAUGGAGGCGUUGGUAUAUCCCAGUGCGUUUCCAGCGAUCAUAUCGCAUUGACCUUCGACGACGGUCCUUACAACUUCACCUGGCAUCUUUUAGACGUCCUUGCCAGUUACAAUGCAAAGGCGACCUUUUUCAUCACCGGAAACAACCUCGGAAAAGGCCAGAUGGACGUCGAGGAAACGGGCUAUCCAGCCCUGAUUCGCCGAAUGCAUGCUGAUGGCCAUCAGAUAGCGAGUCAUACCUGGACACACCAAAAUCUGACCGAGAUGAGCGAGGAACACAUGAUCAACCAGAUGCAUUACAACGAGAUGGCAUUCAGGAACAUCCUCGGUUUCUUUCCGACGUAUAUGCGCCCACCGUACUCUGAAUGCAAUUCCACCUGCCAGGCCAUUAUGAAGAAGAUGGGAUACCACAUCACUCUCUAUACACUCGUCACGCAUGACUAUCUGUACGAUGAUCCUACGUUGAUUCAAACGGCAAAAGACAGUUUCGUCGAACAGAUGGAGCUGGCGAAGAACUUAUCCAUCAACACAGUUGCGAUCAACCACGACAUCCUCUACCAGACAUCCUACAACCUAACCAAUUAUAUGCUUGACUAUAUGAAAUUUCUGAACUACGGCACAUCUGUGACGGUUGGAGAAUGUUUGGGUGAUCCGCCCGAAAACUGGUAUCGAACUGCUGGAGGAGCUCCUCCAGCGGCUGCUCUGAUGGUCCAGUCAUCGAGGCUCUCCCUAGUGCUCUUGGGUUUUGGCUCAGUGCUCGACAAGCUCGCCACCCCGGUCUUUGCCAGGAGCCUGCACGACAAUUCACCUGAAUGUGAUUGCUAUGUCACCAAUGGCCGUUCGUCAGCGUUCUUCCAAUAUCAUCGCUUCUACGACUUCCGAGACGUUGGCACCGACAGCAUCUACGAUCAUGAACCUGCUAAUGUCACAAGCCCUCAGUCGAACGGCGAUGAACCUGGGCAGCAAGGAUACCUCAACUCUACCGCCUUCGCUAAGGACUGGAAGAUCCAGAACUGGGGCCAUGAGCGCGAAGGCCCGAACUAUCCAGUGACUGUGCAAAUGUCGCCUCAAAAUGUCUUCAUUCUACGCAAUCCUGAGGAGUCGUCCACCUCACACCUUACACUGCGUUCCUACCGUGCCAAGCACUUUACUUCCACCGCCGAACUGGAAGGCCUACAGCGUAAUCUCCUGCACGCCUCCAUUCGCUUCCAUGCUCGCGUCCGUGGUGCCACAGGUGUCGUCGCUGGCAUGUUCACCUACCUCAACGACAGCCAGGAAUCCGACAUUGAGAUCUUGACCCGUGACCCGCCCAAUCGCAUCCGGUAUACCAAUCAACCCUCAGUCGGUAGCGAUGGGUGGGAUGUCCCUGGAGCCAGCUCCGAGGUUGAACUUCCAGCCCCUAUUGUCUGGACCGACUGGGUUACGCAUCGUCUAGACUGGACGCCAAACAUGAGCUCCUGGUAUGCUGACGGUCAGUGGCUCUUGGACAAGGAGUACGGGGUCCCUCGCCUACCCAGCUAUCUCGUGCUCAACCUAUGGAGCAACGGUGGCGAUUGGUCUGGGAACAUGAGCCUUGGGUCUGCCGCGUAUCUCGACAUCCAGUGGAUCGACAUGGUCUUCAACAAGUCAGGACCAGAUGAUGGUUACAAACUAGAUGGUAAUGGCAAGAAGCUUCGACGCAACAUCAACUUUCUUGGAAAGCGAUCAAGCCACUGUCACCGUGUCUGUGCUGUGGAUAGCGUACCAACAGCAGGGUUUCCCGUCUUGAUUUCCAAGGCUGCCAGGACGAUGAGAAACCCCGAAUGGAUACUCAUGUGUAUUCUGGGACUGAUGCUGGCGAGUGUGUCUUUUGUUAACGUGUAA